UGGACUUGAUUAGCACAACUCUGUCUUUUUACACAGAGAAUCAAGAGCAUCCUCUUCCAACAACUGAUGAGGUAUUAAUGUGCCAGGAGGAGACAACUGAAGAGGAGGUGGAGAUUUUCCUCCGCCGAUGUCUAGGAUCCCAAGGCACUGCAAGCAAUCAUCAGAAGAUAUACACGCUGGUCAAUCCAGGUUCACUGGCUUAUGAUGUGAGCGUGGCACUGGUGGAAUGCUUUGAGACACUAGAAAGGAGUGCUGGGCCUCAUUACCGUCUAGUGAUGGUCUGUCCUGUAAACCAGGAUAGAUAUGUUCCUUCCUUCUUCAGCAACUAUAAAGUACAAACAGGUCUGAGUAUAUCUACAGAAAGAAUAAAAAACUCUCUUCGCCAUCACUUUCGUAUCCCGUCUGAGCUUGUUCCCUACUCAGAAGUCUAUCCAGGACAACUCUCCGUCUGGAUGAUUUCAUCUGAACGUCCAGCUGUUGGAAAGUCACUAUAUGUCAAGCGUCUAUUUGAGCAGUUCAAAAAAGAGUUUCCAACAGCCACCUGUCUUACAAUCAGACUCAUCGAGCCCUGCGUUGACAUGGAUGGAUUUGUCCAAACCCUGUCUGAAAGACUAGCUCCACUGAGAGAGCAGGACCCUGUGCUGUUGCACAUUGAUAUUGCAGCAUUACGUCAUGGCUUGGAGGAAUUCCUAUUCAAAUUACUUAUUCUAGGAUGUCUUAGUGACAGCCAAGGAACUAUAUUGAGGAGAAAUGCAGCUCACUUGAUGGCGAUUGAAGCACUUCAGCAAGUUCAAAAAAGUCAAACCCAGAUUGAGAUAACCAAUGGGUUUUUGCAUGCACUUCCUACAAUCUUCUGCAGACCUCCUAAAGAUGUCAAAGCUUUAGAGAUCAAGAGAAAAAAAGGGGGUUACACAUCCUUAAAUCCACUGAUGGAUAAUGAAGAGUUUAAAAGUGAGGCCAUUCAGAGACCCUACCAAUACUUGAGAAGAUUCAACAGGAAUGUGAACAUGGACCGUUUCAAAUAUCAAGCUCAGUCUGUAGAAGGUGAUCCGGUUGACUGUCUCCAUCAUCUUUUAUCAAACUACGGCCUAAAAGACCCAUCAUGGGCAGAAUUAAAGCACUUUACUUGGUUUCUUAACCUGCAGCUUAAAGACUGUGAGAAUUCUUUGUUCUGUGAUCCAAACUUCCUUGCUGACAAUUUAAGUGGCUUCAAGGACUUCAUAGUAAAAUUCAUGAUUCACAUGGCUCGAGACUUUGCCUCUCCAUCCAUUGACAUCUCUGAUGAGAGCCCCACCUUUUUCUCUGAGAAUGAGGAUGAGGAAGAUAUCCUAGCUAAACUAUUUAUUCGAAAACGAUGGGAGAAUGAACCUCACCCAUACAUCUUUUUCAAUGCUGACCAUUGCACCAUGUCUUUCUUAGGAUUCCAUGUGCAGAAAUUUGGCACAAUUCUUAAUGCAGUUGAUCCAAGAAGUGGCAAAGUGUUAAUGGGAAAUGUGAUGACACAAGAGCUCUUUUCAGACAUUGAGCGACAAAGAAUUAAGCUUUCUGAGAACUUUGAUGACCUGUCAAGGGAAGACAAGAUUCAAAAAGUUUCCUUUGUUGUUGGUGCCAAAAAAGGCUGGGAAAAAGGAACAUUUGAUCCAGACCCUACAUAUGAACUCACUACUGACAAUAUCAUGAAGAUGUUGGCUAUUCAUAUGAGAUUCCGAUGUGAGAUUCCAGUGAUCAUCAUGGGAGAAACUGGCUGUGGGAAGACGCGGCUUAUACGCUUUCUCUGUGAUCUGCAACGUGAAGGCAGAGAUGUUGAAAACAUGAAACUAGUCAAAGUUCAUGGAGGUACUACUUCUGAGGUAAUCUAUAGGAAGGUGCGAGAAGCAGAAGAACUUGCUCAGGACAACCGUCAAAAAUAUGAACUUGACACAGUUUUGUUUUUUGAUGAAGCCAACACAACCGAAGCAAUAUUCGCCAUCAAGGAAGUGCUAUGUGACAAAGCUGUACAAGGGUACCCUUUGAAGAAAAAUUCUGGUCUGAAAAUAAUUGCUGCCUGCAAUCCAUACAGAAGACACACACCCAGAAUGAUUGAUCGCUUGGAGCGUGCUGGGCUAGGAUACAGAGUGAAAGCUGAAGAAACAGAGGACCGCCUUGGUAAAGUUCCCAUGAGACAGCUUGUGUACCGUGUACACCCUUUACCCCCGAGCAUGGUGCCCCUGGUAUGGGAUUUUGGACAAUUAAGUGAUUCAUCUGAGCUCUCUUAUAUCUGUCAAAUUGUGCAGAAACAAAUGAGAGAUCAUGGAUUGCCCCGUGCAUACCAGAGAGUGAUCACAAAAGUUUUGUCUGCCUCUCAAAGAUACAUGCGCAGACAAGCAGAUGAAUGCAGCUUUGUAAGUCUUAGGGAUGUGGAGAGAUCAAUGUGUGUCCUAGUUUGGUUUUACAACCACAGAGUUGAUCUUUUUCCUGGUUGCCACAGGAAUGAAACUGAGCUGAUGACUUUGAAGUGCUUGGUGCUUGCUAUGGGUGUUUGCUAUUACCCAUCACUUGAAAACAAAGGGACAUACCUAGCAACUAUGAGCAAAUGCUUUCCUUGUCCAUUCAACUCCAAAGAGUCACUGGAGCAGGAGAUAACUUCAUGCCAAGACUUUUUUCUUGAGAAAAUCCAAACAAGAGAUACAAUUGCCAAAAAUCUGGCUUUGAAAGAAAAUGUCUUCCUCAUGGUGGUCUGCAUUGAGUUGAGAAUUCCACUCUUUCUGGUUGGCAAGCCAGGGAGCUCAAAAUCUCUUGCUAAGACUGUUGUAGCAGAUACAAUGCAGCGUCAGGCUUCUCACUGUGACUUAUUCAAGAAACUCAAGGAAGUUCAUAUGGUGUCUUUUCAAUGCAGCCCUCACUCAAGCCCUGAAGGAAUCAUUGGAACCUUUCGGAACUGUGCCCGUUUCCAAAAGGACAAAAAUUUUGAUGAGUAUGUGUCAGUAGUUGUUCUAGAUGAAAUAGGACUUGCAGAGGACUCUCCUCAGAUGCCACUGAAGACAUUGCAUCCUCUUCUAGAGGAUGGAUGCAUAGACAGCGAUAACCCAGAUCCACAUAUGAAGGUUGGAUUUGUUGGAAUCUCAAACUGGGCUCUCGAUCCAGCAAAAAUGAACAGGGGUAUUUUUGUGUCUCGUUGGGACCCAAGUGAGAAAGACUUAGUAGAGACGGCAGAGGGAAUCUGCUCAUCCUCCCAUAAUAACAUUCUUCUCAAAAUCAAGCACCUCCUGCCAAAGUUGGCAAAGGGCUACCUAGAUAUCUGUAAAACUGACGGUGAACAGUUCUUUGGACUCCGAGAUUAUUAUAGCUUGGUGAAAAUGAUUUUUGCAACAGUCAACAGUUCAGAUCAAGAACCAUCUGACAGUGAGUUGGCAGAGGCUGUGUUGAGAAACUUCAGUGGACAAAGGGAUGAUUUUGAUCCUCUUGAUUACUUUCGGGACAUCUUCCAGGACACUGAAGUCCAAAGGCCAAGUACACUGAAAAUGAUUGAGCAAAAUCUUGACCGCAACAGUGACAAAGAGUGCCGGUACCUUCUUUUGCUCACAACUAACAAUGUUGCCUUGUACAUUAUCCAACACCACAUUUUCUCCAAGGAGAACUAUAUAUGCCCUGAAAUUGUCUUUGGAUCAGGAUUUCCCAAAGACCAGGAGUAUGCCCAGAUAUGUCACAAUGUGAGUAGAAUAAAGGCAUGCAUGGAGACAGGCCGAACAGUCAUCCUAUUGAAUCUCCUCAAUUUGUAUGAGAGCCUGUAUGAUGCCUUGAAUCAAUACUAUGUCUGCUUCAGUGGACAGAAUUAUGUUGACUUGGGACUUGGUUCUCAUAGAGUAAAGUGUCGAGUUCACAAAGACUUCAGACUGGUUGUGGUGGAGGACCAGGAAAAAGUCUACAAAAAGUUUCCUGUUCCACUUAAAAACAGACUGGAGAAGCACAAAGUUGAUAGGAGUACGGAUUUGACUCCCUGGCAGCACAGAGUUUUGGAAAAACUCAAACAGUGGGUAGAAGACUUCUCAAAAGUUCAUCAAUCCACUGAAGCAAAAUUCAGCUUAUCAGAUGCCUUUGUUGGGUUCCAUGGGGAUGCUUGUGCCAGUGCACUUCUGCAGGCUUUAGAGAAAAUACAAAAAUGGGGCCAUGAUAAAGCUGCUCAAAACAAUGAGCUCCAUUGCAUUCCCAAGUGCGAUAAUGAAAUCAGUGAACCAAGUAAAGAAGGCUCUAAUAUUAAUGUGGCCAAGGAUGUAUACAUGAAGAAAGAGGAAAGUGAGGCUCAUCACAUUGAUGAAGAUGAAGAUGUGACAGAGUCUCAAGAGGAAAUGAACAAAUUCCUUGAUGAGGAGGAGGUGCAAAUGGAAGGAGAAGGUGCCUCAAUGGAAGUUGACAACAAGGUACAGGAUGCAGAAGUUUAUGAAGACAUUGAGACUCUUGGAGAUGCUUCUGAACUUGUGAAAAUCUAUGAUGAAGAUGCUGUUGACACUGAGGCAAGAGACAGCUUGGACUCAAACAAAACCAUGGAUGAGGAAGAGCAAGUCUAUGAAAUGGCCAAAAGCCUUCUCUUGAAUUGUGCCUCACCAGACUCAGUACUUAGAUUAAAGUAUUCAGAAUUUGGAAAUCAGGAGAAAGACACACUUCAGAGAAUGUAUUUUCAUCAGCAAAGCCAUCAAUCUCUCAGAGACCUAUUAGACAACCAUCUGAACAAAAAUGAACAGGACAAGAACAGAUUCUUGGAGGUAACCACAUUCUCCAAUCUUCUCACUGAAGCUGAUGUGAGAAAUCUUGCCCCAGCCUUGGGCUUGACCACUGAGCAGUUUCUUCUGCUCUCUUUACACCAAUUUGACACAGAAGCUUCUUUUUGCAGCAAGAUACGGUCCUUCCUGAGGGAAUCUGGACUUUCUCUGCACAUUCUUGUGGUUCAGAUGGACAUGGAAGAGUCUUUGUGCAAAAAUGAACUUAUUGCUUCAGCAAAAUACUGUACCAUGAAUGAAAUCUUGUCCUUAAAGUCAGAUGAGUGCAACUUCUAUACUGUGUUUAUCACAAAGCUCUCCCGAAUUGGGGAGCAUUGUAGAACAAGAAGCAACAAGUACAUUGGCUUUCAAGGAGGAGUUUGGCUGUCUGCACAUAUUGAUGACCUCAGCGAUUCCAGUGACAUGACCUUAAAUCUUAAGGCUUUUUGUGGAAUACCUAUAAGUAAACUCAUCUCCCAGAAAAUCGUGUCAGAUGUCAACGAAUCAGAGGAAAUUGGUACAAGUGGACCAGGAAGUGAGAAGGGAGAUUCAGUGCAUCUACACAGUUUGUCUUUAUUGAGUUCCUGCACCCAGAAAGCUGUUUCAUUGCUAAGAGAUACUGGCAAAAAAACCUCCAGGAGUGUGGAGCGCAUGAACAUAUUGUUUGGCCUUCUGGGAGGGGACCCUAGGCGGAAAAGAGUACGGUUCCAGGAAGUGUUGCUAAGGAGGCUGGUGUUUUCACUAAUGCGGAAGGAGGAACUGAUUCCUAAUGCAGACGACUGGGUUUAUAAAGUGGCAAAGAACCGUGAAGCUCUGCAGGAAGGUGGAACACUUCGGCACACUUUGUGGCGCAACCUACAGGGUGUUUUGACUCCAGUGUUUGCCCGAGUUCUAGAAGUGUUGGACAGGGACUGCAACUUAUACCUACUGUAUGGAGAAGGGCUCAGUGAGGGUCUGGCCCAGUUCUGGCUAGAUAUCUUUGAAGAUCAACAGCUCCUUGACUUGACCGUCUCACAAGAUCCAAGUGCUCCAGAUCAGGAGAUUAAUGUGCAGUGUCACCUGUUUAUUGGAGAAGUAGAACGGCCUUGUACUGCUCCUUUUAGCUGGCUGAUAAAAACAUACUGCCAGAGUUUGUGGGAGGAAUCAGAGUUUGUGCGAGGUUCUGAGCAAGACAUCAAAGGGAGGAUUCAGCAGUUUGUUAGUGCUGUAUCGGGCAGUGGACUGGGCAGCUAUAUUCAGAAACUGUCAGAGGGAGAGAAAGUUGAGCUGGGUCAGCGCUACUUGACUGAUUAUGUUCUUCUGUCAUUCAAAAUCCAAUCUGAGGAAGAGCAUGGGGUCUUUCGUAGUGCAGUGCUGGGUUGUGUGUCUGCUCUGCAGAUGGAGAUGUCAGUAACUCCUGAGCUCUCUCCAUCGUGGAUCCUUGCAGCAGCUCAAAUCUACAGCUCACGCCUGGACACAUUAUCCCAUGCCCUUCAGCUCAACCCUCAGCUGGGCCGCAUCAUCCAGCGAGAAAUAUUGAAGAGAGAAAGCCCUGAUAUGUGUGAGGACAUUCUAGCUGUUGGUAUCUGUGUUGAAGAAACAAAGCUCCUACCUGUAACAUCAAUAACUGAAUGCCAGACCUUCUUGCAAAGAGUUGAGCAACUUCAGCCGUGUUUAGAAAGAGUGCUUAGUACUGCCUACAGCACCCUCUGCAGCCCUGGCUGUCUCAAACACCUGGACACUAUAAAGUCAGUGUGGCAGGGGAUGUUGCUAGUGGCUGCUUUCAUUGAAAAGGUGGUUGUCAGGAUGAACGUAGGAGAUGACCGGAUAAAAGCACUGACUCUGAAACACUGCAGUCAGUUACAUGGGCUAAUGGAAGAGUUUCCUGAUUUGAGGAGCAAAGACAAUCUUCAGCAAAUCAUUCGCAUACUUAAUGAUUACCACGAGGAAUCCAUCAGCAAAGAACUGCGAAAUGGUGUGAAGUGCUCUGUCUGUCUGUCAGAUCUGUCAGAGCCCGCUGUGCUUCCUUGUGAGCAUGUGUUUUGUCUGUCCUGUCUGAGGAAAUCUACAGUGAGGGAAGGAGCGGACUUCUGUCCCAUGUGCAGGGAACCUCUGUCGAACAACUACCGGCCCACUGUCUCUACAGCUAUAGACUUAGCCCUGAAGCAGCAUAAAGAAAUAAGAAAAUGCUGUAACGCCUUUUUCCUGGAGCUGGUUUCUCGUUUCUGUCUGACUGAUGCUCAAGAUCCCCCAGAAGACCUGGUGGAACUGCUUUUCUCUCUCCUCAUUUUGGCACAAGGAGAUGUUUAUAAGACCAGAGAGCUCACCCCAUUCCUGGAGUGUGUUGACCAGAGCCCUGUGGUGCGCUCUGUGCUGCCAAAACUUCUUCUGCAAUACAGCUUCAAACAGGUGAAGAAGCAUAUACAAAAGUACUUAGAAAACCUGGAGAACAAGCUUCUGGACCAGGAGGACAGAACUGAACUCUACCGGCUCUUUGUUAACUGUUUCCAGGAUUCUCUGUUUUGUUCUGGAUUAAAUGGAGAUCAUAGACAUCUGAAGGAGAACUCAAACUUCCUUAGCCGACUGGCUCGUAAACAGACACCUAGCAGACAGAAUGACCCAGCAGAGUUUCUACUGUCUAUGGGUCGCCUCAGAAUGUGUCUGGACUCUGCUGCCAGGAUCCUGUCCCAAGCUAUCAGCAAAAGAUCUGAUUUUGAGGAAGUUGAGCUAAAGCUUUUGGAGCAGGUGAAGGCUGUGUUUGAAUACGAUAACAAUGACUGGUACAGAGUUUACCUGCUUCGAGCACUCAACAGGCAUGCUGGCAUGGACUGUCUGCAAGCACUGAUGAGCAGCACUGAUUAUGAAUGGAUCUUUCCUGCAGAGAUACUACGGCUUCAUAGGUUGAUUCCUGCAGAGGUGGAUCGUUUCUUGUGUUGUGGUCAGUCAUACCGCACUCUUAGAGAUGGAGUGGGAGAAGCAACAAAUGGACUCAAAGAAGCAUUACGGGCAAUGGGUGGUUCAGGCCCAGUGAAAAAUGUCCUGCUGACUCUGGCUGUGUUCAGGCAGGUCACUUGUCGCUUCAUGUCACCUGAAAAAGCUAUAUAUCCUCAAGCACAGGAGAUCAGGUUCUUGGAGGAGGUUAUUAGAGAGAACAUCACAGGACAUGCCAGACAGCUCUGCACUGCUCUCUUGUCCAAUGAGAUUGGAGGUCCAGAAUCUUUCCUGAGUCUCAGAGCAGGUGUACCUGCUAAGCGUCGUCCUGUGCUGGAGCUUAUGGUGCAUGCGAGUGCAGUGUUUUACAGUGGAAACAGGCUGCUGAGUCCCCUUUUCAAUAUUGCCUCUCAACCUCAGAAUAUGACCGGAGCCUUCCUACCCACAAUGCCUGAUGACAAUACCAGUGAGGCCCGGCAGUGGCUCGCUGGAGAGAAAAACCUGAAGAUGUACUUGUGUUAUAAUGGUCAUGCAUGCUUUGUGGGAGAGUGUGGCAAACCAGUGGCUUUGUCAAAUUGUGCCACUUGUGGAGUCCGUAUAGGAGGCCAGAACCAUAAACCAGUUGAAGGCUUUAUUGAAGCUCAUGGAAUCCCUGACAUGACACGACCUGGACAUGUACUGGGACAUGCUGAAAACCGGUCUGAAGCACCAAACAGGAAUCUCACUUCAGCACAGUCCUGUGUUCUCCGUCUCUGUCUUCACCUGGCCAUGUUGCAAGGAGCCAUUCACCAUCAACAGGGCAUCAGAAAUAUGAUCCUUCCAAAUGUUAAUGAUGUCUAUGAGUUCCUCUGGCAACAUCUUGAGAAGGACAUGGAGGUUCUUGGGAAGACUUUAAAUCUUAACUUGGAUGAUUCUGCCAUUAUAAUUCAUCUAAUCUUCAGCAAGUUUCUACAGACCACCUCAGGUGCCGGUGUGGAUCUGUCAACACGCAAGUCCAGAGAGCAGUGGGAGACCACAGUCUGUAAAACUGCCAUCAGUCCUGUUUUACAGGAUUUGAACAGGAUGUUGGGAAGAGCACAGGAUCUGAUUGCAGCUGAUAACCAACUUUCUAACAGUCCCCUGAUGAAGGUGCUGAGAGGAGACCCUCAAAAAGUCCUUCAUCUCCCCACUAACUGCCCCACCCACCACUCUGCCUUCUGGAGCCCCUCACCUGUCCUAACGGUGGAAAGCUUCUCACAGCAAAUAAACCAGAGUCAAGCACCCCUGCUUACCCUUUUUAUCAAUAAGGUGCACUGCAUAAGACAGCUGAACCAUUUGCCAGCUCUUGCUGCUCUGUUGUCUGAUCUUAUGAAAGUGCUUCCUCCAGGCUCUGAGACCCAGACCGACACCAUCGCUUCACUGCUGCAAUGCAUUCCUGCUGGCCAUCAGAAGAAAUUAUUGUCGGAAAGAGUAGAGAUCUUCAUGAAGGUGUGGAACCAACUCAGAAUGGAAAUAUCCAAUAAUGUCGAACCCAUGAUAAUUAUUAAACUGGCCGUUAUAAGCCACUAA